AUGGAGUCAAAAUAUGGUAAAAAGAAGUCCAGCAGUAGUAGUAGUUCCUUAUUUUACGAAGCUCCCCUCGGUUACAGCAUUGAAGACGUUCGCCCCAACGGUGGAAUCAAGAAAUUCAAAUCUCUGUCUACUCCAACUGCGCUACUAGGCCAUCCUGAGUUGUAG